UCUCUUCCCCUGCCCUUCUCUCCUCUUCCUCCCCAACUUCUAUUUCUACUAGUUCACUCUCUCUCGCCUCUUCCAUCCUUUACCCUCUUCCCUUUCUCCUCAACUUGUCUGCUCCCAUUCAAAAGCUCUCACUCUAUCUACCCAUGGACACAGUAUUUCACUUCUUCCACAACCUUCAAACCGAGAAAGCCCUCUCCAUGCGCUUCUCCACCCUCUUUACCGGCGUUGCCAAGACGCUUCGCCUUCUCCAGCUAUGCGCCUCUCUGCUUCUCCUCUGUUGGAUCCUCUCUCGUCUCUCUUCCGCCCUCCAAAUCUCCCGCCUCUACUUCCACAGCCUCGCCGCCCUCAUCGCCAGUCCUCUCUUCGUUUUCUUCAUUUCCAACGCCAUCAUCGCCACUCUGUUCGCCAAUUCCCGACGAAUAAUCGGCCACAACUCCGGCGCUCGCAAUGCGGAGAUGGAACUCUUCCGCGAGUUCGCCAAGCGGAACGCUGAUCAUGCUGAGUUACCAUCCGAAGUCGAUACUGACCAGUCGCGCGUGGCUGAGCAGAUAGAUUGCCAGGACAAGCAGAUUGUCUCUGACGACACCACUGCUCGUACAUUUAGGGAUCGGGUUGAAUUUGACACGCGCACGGAUACCGAUUCAGUCGCAGAACUAGAAUCUGACUGUCCGAAAGUUUAUCGGCGAAGUCAGUCGGAGAACUCGACGGGAGCCUCCAGGAAAGAGGUAACGCGGAAUCUCCGGCGAUCAGAGACCGAGAAAUGCCGAGAAAUGGCGAGGCACUGCGAAAAUCCGCUGGAAAAUUUGUACUCGCAUGAUAAGCUGAGCAACGAGGAGUUUCAGCGCACAAUAGAGGCGUUCAUUGCGAAGCAGAUGAGGUUCCUGCGAGAAGAAUCGCUAGCCAUCGUCGUUCGGAAACAGAGUUGAAGCAGCUAGUAAAAUAGUGGGUAGAACUAGUAACAGUUAACGACAACGGAAAUUGCGUUCUGAAUCCCCCCUCCCCUCCUCCCCCAAAGGGGAAAAAAAAAAAUCUAAAAAUGGCACUGCAUGCCGUAUACAGUGUUAACUUCUAGAUCUAGAUAUCAAUAUUAAAUAACAAAAAUGUCAGUGAUCUUGUACGAUUCUUCUGUUUGCAAAACGAUAUACUCAAUCGUCUGCCUCAAGCUACCGUGUUCACCAUCGCUAAUAGAUUUUAUAUAUAACAGAUAGAUCAUCUAUACAGAAA